AUGACCAACCCAGACACCCCCCAACUCGGCCACCUCACAACGGCCACCCCGACCGCCGCUGGCCACGAUGCCGCUCUUGCCACUACCCCAGAUCCCGACUCCGAUCCUGACCCUGUUUAUCUCGCCGCCGACUCCAAGCUCAAGUUAACCACCGCCGGCCAUGCCUACGCCACCACCAAUGGCCAUGCCGGCAGUCCUCAUUCUCUCGGCGGUAGCCGUUUCUUUCGUGAUCCCCUCGGCAUGCCCCUCCAAGACAACCGCUCGCAAUCCCAGAGCCCCUUCCGUCUCGACAUGCCCACCGUCUCCCCGGCCCAGCUGGCCUUUUCCGCCAUGCAAUACCUGCCUGUCCCCGUCAUCGUUCUCAACAACCUCAAGACCGUCGUUCUCGCCAACGAGGCCAUGGGUAGAAUGAUGGGCAUUAUAACCGACGACACUGACGGCGACGAUUUUUCAAUGACCAUUGAUCGACUCCGCGGCCAGACACUCUCGCAGGUCGGCAUCGACAUGCUGCAGGAUGGCAAGCCUGUCUGGGUCACCUGGGAGACCUUCUUCGACACGUUGGUCAAUGAAAUCGGCGCCCACCGGCCGACUUCUCAGCAAAGCCCAAUAUCCGUAGUCGCCGCCGCCGGUGACGCCACGCCCACCAUUGACGGUCCUGCGAGCCCUGGCAAACAACGCCGUUGCAUGCCCGCCAAGCCCACCCAAGAUGCCAUUAUCGAAGUCAUUGUUUCCAGAAAAGGCUUGAAUAAGACCACUUUUGACAGUCGCUACAAGUCCAAAGAGUCGGAAUUUCAUGCCUUUGCCAAAAUGAUUGUUACCGUCUGGGAAGUCGAGGACAAGCAGGUCUACUUCACCCUCACCUUCACUAGCACACAGUCCACGCCCUCGACACCUCUCAACAACAAAAAAAGUGUUGCCAAAUCCAUGGCCCUGGAAGCCGCAGAACGAAAAACCAUCAGCAAUUCAAAUUCCCCCUCCGUCGCUUCUAGCCGAGACUCGAGCUCUCCAGCCCUCAACACACCCAGCUUCCUCACCAUGUCCUCCAGUCCCUUCCCGCCCAUGGGUCCGCCAUCGAUUGCCGCUCACUCGCCUUCUAGUACGCCUUCUGUCUUGCAGAAAAUUAUUCGCAUGAAGGAUGCUCUCCUGGACAACACCCAGAUGCCCAUCCUGGCCAUGUGGAAGGAUGGCAGUGUCACAUUUCCAAACAAAGCCGCUCGCUUGCUGCUCCCUCAUGACGCUGAUUUGGACUCUUCAUCCGAUGGCUUCGACUUGCUAAAGAACUGGGAAGUGUGGACUGAAGACUUUGGAAGGAGGCUUGAGGUGGACGAGCAUCCCCUUUCAAUCUUGCUCAAGACAGCCACACCUUUUGCCAGCAUCCGUGUUGGUGUAUUCGACACUACAGGUAAACGCCUGGUAUAUGAUCUUCUCGGCGAAGCCAUCACAGACGAAAAGACCGACGAGUUUCUUGCCGGCGUCGUCACUUUCCGAGAUGUCACUAUAAUGACCGAAGAAAUUUCCCUCAUCAAGGAGCGCGACGAGGAGCGUUUCAAGAUCAUCUGCGAUACCAUGCCUCAGCUGGUAUGGACGGCUACCGCUGCGGGAAUGCAUGACUUUUUCAAUACUCGUUGGUACAACUAUACCGGGCUAGCGCCUGAGCAGUGCCUCGGCUUGGCCUGGCAGGGCUGCUUCCACCCCGAGGACAAAAUCGAGGCACUGUCACGAUGGCGUGCUUCCCUGGAGACGGGAAACCCCUACUUCAUGGAAUACCGCUGCCGCAACAAAGAGGGCGAGUGGCGAUGGUUUUUGGGGCGUGCUCUCGCCGUGCGCAACCCCGAAACGGGCGAAAUCGAAAAAUGGUUUGGCACUUGCACCGAUGUCCACGAAAGUAUAGAGACGAAGCUGGCAGCUAAGCAAACGCGCCAGCAGCUGCUUAGUGUCAUUGCGCACUCGCACGUCACCAUCUUUACCGUUGAUCCCAACCGCCGUGUAACGAUGCUCGAGGGGGCUUUGAUCUGGGACACCACUUACCAAGACACCGAAAAAGGCCGCUGGUUCAUUGGUGAGGACAUGUACACCGUCUUCAACCGGCUAACCGAGCAAAUGCCCGAAGGGGAACGACCAGACUGGCUCAAUUCCAUCGAAGAGAUACUUGAAGGGAAGCGGUUUGAAGACAUCAAAGAGCACGGGCUCGAUGAUCGAUGGUACCGUACGCGCUUUAUUCCCAUGUACGGCAAGCGAGUGCAGAAUGGAAUGCGAGCCAAUGUCGAAGGCGUCAUAGGCGUUGUCAUGGACGUUACCGCGCUAAAGGAUAGCGAGGAAGCCCUCCGAGUACAAUCGCGCGACAAGCAUAGAGCUAUGGCCAACGAAGCCGCUGCCAACGAGGCCAAUCGGCUCAAGAGUCAGUUUCUAGCAAACAUGUCCCACGAAAUCAGAACGCCCAUCACUGGUGUUCUCGGUAUGGCCGAGCUUCUCGGCGACAUGAGCUUAGACGAAGAACAGCGUGACUACGUUGACAAUAUUCAGAGCUCGGCGACAUCCCUGCUGACGGUAAUCAACGACAUUCUCGACUUUUCCAAGGUAGAAUCCGGCCGACUCGACAUUGAGGAGGUGCAAUUUUCCCUCUCCAUAAUCCUCAAAGAAGUUGUGCGCAUGCUCAAAUUUGCGGUCGAGCGCAAGAAUCUCGACUUUCAGUCCAACAUUAGUGACGACAUCGAAAAUGACCUGGCCGUCAUUGGAGACCCUGGCCGUGUACGGCAAAUCAUCACAAACUUGCUUACAAACAGUAUCAAAUUUACAAGUCAGGGCUAUGUCCGAUUUUCAGUGCGAAAGGAGAAGGAGACGACAGAUUCCAUCAUUAUCAAGUUUAUAAUCGAAGACACUGGCAUUGGUAUUCAAGACGACGUUCGCCAAAAGCUCUUCCAACCCUUUAGCCAAGGAGACGCUUCAACUGCCCGCAGGUUUGGUGGAACCGGUCUUGGCCUUACCAUCUGUAAAAAUCUCCUCGACUUGAUGCACGGUCAAAUCACUCUACAGUCCACUGUGGGAAGUGGCACAACGGCAACCUUUUGGAUUCCUUUCCAUAAACCUCAACGACGCAAGGCGCGGAAUGUGGAAGCCGGUGCUAUUCCUGAUCGCUUGCAGUCAGAUCUGAGCGUAUCUUGCAACAGUUCAGAGUAUGAAAACGCCGUGGCUGGUACGCCUGCGGGCUCGGAUGGCUCCUCAGGGCUCGCCGGGCUUCGUCGACGCUACUCUGCGCGAUCAUCCCAGAGUAUCGAACAAGAUCUGCCGCGAUCGGAACGAGCUGCCUUUCACAUUCUUGUUGUCGAAGACAAUGCAGUGAAUCAAAAGAUUGCAACCCGGACUAUUCGGAAACUAGGCUUCCAAGUGACUGCGACAUGGAAUGGCAGAGAGGCUCUGGAGUAUGUGCUCGGAGCGAGCGAGGGUCGAAACGCCAAACCUGACAUCAUUCUCAUGGACGUGCAGAUGCCCAUCAUCGAUGGCUACAAGUGCACGCACCUGAUGCGUCAUCACCGCCCGUACAAAGGGCUCAUCCACGACGUCCCUAUUGUUGCCAUGACGGCCUCUGCCAUCCAAGGAGAUCGGGAAAAAUGCAAGAAAGCUGGCAUGGAUGACUAUUUAGCCAAGCCCGUGACAAUGUCCAUUCUCGAGCGCAUGUUGAUUCGUUGGUGUAUUUCACGCCGUCGAGAGACUCCUCUUCCGGACCACGCGACAUCAGACUGCUCGGAGCAAAGUGAACACUGUGACACGUCCAACGUUCCUCAGAUUGCCGUGGCCAAUAACGCGGCCUUCUCCAAAACGAGCCUCGAUUCUGGCAACGAAAUGCAAGACGACUCUAUGUGUGGGCCCGUGACGCCGACACCAGCCACGAUGCGUGGCCGCGAGGAGCUGUCGCCCUUUGAUUCACCGUCGGUGGUCAACAUGCCGCCGCGCGUGCCUCGUCCCGAACGAGACAAGGAGUUCUCCAGCUUGCUGCAGGAGACGAAGCUCAUUGACGCCGCAGGUGGACCGACCGCCAAUCUGCGCAGCAAUAGCUUCCAGGAACAACAAGGCUCUGGGGAGGCGCUGACGGAAGCCAAUGUCAACAAGCUUGAUAUUGAGAACAAGCAACCGCACAGCUAA